AUGGAAUUUAAUCGAGGAUUUAUAUGGGGUUUAGACGAAAAGGCGAUUAGACCAUUUGGCUACUCGAACCGAGUGGUCAUGGGACCAAGUAAGAAUUCGACCAAGUCCUAUACAAAAGAACAGGUGGAAGAAACUGGUCAAGGGACAGUUACUUUCUUCAUCAUGCUCGUGACCGCGAUCACAUUUUGUGCAACAGCAUCGCUUGACGUCCAAGAUGUGUGCCCUCACGUGACCAUGACGUCAUGUCCAAUCAUUACUAGAGAGAAUGGCGAAACUGUGCAAUACAUACCGAAACCCCUAACACCUGAUCUGGAUUGGAUAACUCAAGAGAUAUCCAAAGAUCAUGAGAUUUCUGAGGAUGCUCGUCAUUAUUUUUGCACCGAACCAGCAUGCCUUUCGAAUCCCUGCCAGUAUGGAGGAACUUGCGAGGAAACAGAAAUUGGAUUCUCCUGUCUCUGCUUCGAUGGUUACCAUGGUAACAAAUGCGAGAAUGACACGAAAGUCCUGUCUGUAAAGCUUCUUGGUGAUAAUAUAUCCGAGGGACCACUUGCUCUGACAUCCCGUCUGCGCUCUAACACGUAUUUCCUGAUACAUCAACACCAAUGGAACAUGAAUCUGUCUCAGCUGGCUUGUCAGUACCUAGGAUUUGAAGGAGUAUUUGCUACUGUAAGCGGUGCGCUGUAUGAUUUCAUCGACCCCCCUUCUGAGGUUGUAUCAGUGGUGUGUCCUGAUGACGUCAUGAACAUAACUGACUGCUGGUUCGAGACUAGAGUUGGUGGAAUCAACGAAAGCGAGACGAUAGCCCUAAUAUGUUGCCCUGUGAACUCGUGUAAUGUAUCUGGUAGACCUCUUGGCCUUGAAAGUGGUGCGUUACCGCAUUCGGCAAUAUCUGAGUCGGAUUGCUAUGAAGCUAACCUGCACUGCGGUCGUUAUGGUCGGUUGAACCUUAAUGGUGCCUGGAUUCCAUUCAAUUCCGAUGAGUAUCAAUGGAUGCAGGUCCAGUUCGAGUCCAGUUAUAUAAUAACGGCUGUAACCGUUCAGGGAAGACACAACUACAAUCAUUGGGUCACAUCAUUUGUCGUUUCUUCUAGUUUGGACAACAUUACUUGGACUGAUUAUCUAAAUGUGUACACUGGAUCAGUCGAGGUAUUUCCAGGAAAUGAUGAUAGAAAUAGCUACGUGACUCAUAUGUUCAUUAGACCAAUCGUUGGGCGAUUUUUUCGGAUUCAUCCAAAGACAUUUUACGGCCGUAUAGCUAUGAGGAUGGAACUAUAUGGGUUUGGACCUGUAACAGAUGUCAUAGCGGCACUGAACGUUGAAGGCAAACCUGGAUGUCGUCCUCCUUUGCUAGGAGAGGGGCUCGGAGUAGAGGACGGUCGCAUACCAGACAGCAGUUUGACUGCCUCAUCGUUCUUUGCAGCCGACCAUGAACCUUACAGGGGCAGACUUAAUACACCCGAAGAUCUUGGCAUAACCGUCGGAGCAUGGGUCGCCGUUAAGGCAGAUAGCAACAAAUGGGUGAAAGUUGAACUUAACAAUGAAACUUUGGUUACUGGUGUAAUCAGUCAAGGACGAGCUCGCGAAGCAUCUGGUCAAAUGGUCACGUCGUUACAUAUCUCAUACUCAAGGGACAAUACCAAUUGGAUCUUUGCACUGGAAGACCAAUGUGGCGUGAGGAAAACAUAUCCAGGAAACUUUGAUGGAAACUCGUAUGUGACGACAUUAUUCCCUCAUCCCGUUACUGCACGCUUUGUCCGAUUUCAUCCUGUGAAGUAUCGGAAGAACCCGUCUAUGAGAUUUGAAGUACUCGGUAUAAACAACUAAUCUAGUCAACAACCAUAACUACUCAUUUAAAGUUUCCAUUGCCUUUUGCUCUUUGAUAGUAUUUUCUGUUGUUUUCCAGGCACAUCCGGAUAUUCAUGGACGCAUCCCUACGCCUGUACCCACACACUUCAAUGCAGAAACACCUG